GAGAGAGAGAGAGAGAGAGAGAUUAAACUGAAUCGUCUCUGGAUUUUGUUUCAUCUCCUCAUUUUUUUUCUUCUGUCCUAUGUGAAUGAAUGAAUGAAUGAUUGAAUGAAUACUUUGAUUGAUUGAUCCGCAGCUGCAGCUGUUUAGAAGUCAUCAGUCAUGUGUGAAAGUUGUCGCGGGAAAAGUUGUUUGUGAAUCAGAAGAAGAAGAAACAUCUGAUGUGAAUCGACAUGAGACGGAAGUAAUCGCUUACAGAUCGAAGAUGAUGAUCAGUGUCCAGAGCUGAGAGAGACAGAGAGAGAGCAGUGGAGGACAUGUACGAGGAGAGCCGAAGAAGUGUCGGGCGUAAUGGCUACGCCAAUGCUGUGGAUGGAGAUGAGGGGGGAGGGGAUGGUGAGCAAGAGGAGGAGGGGGGUGAGGGGGAUGGAGAAGGAGGAGGAGGAGGAGGGGAGAAGAGAGACACAGAGUGGGAUGAAGAGCUGGAUGGAGAGAAUGAGGGAGGAGUGGGGAUGACAAGGACUGACACGCUUCACUCAACCACAAGUUCAACUGGUACACAGAGGAGGAGAGGACAACACGGCAAAAAACAGGUUCAGGGCAGUAAUCAGGUGCAGCGAGCUCCUCGAGCGUUAUACUGUCUGAAACUCAACAAUCCGAUCAGACGAGCUGCUCUGUCCAUCGUCGAGUGGAAACCGUUUGACGUCUUCAUCCUGUUAGCAAUCUUUGCUAACUGUGUAGCUCUGGGUGUGUCCAAACCGUUUCCAGAGGACGACUCUAAUUCCACCAACCAUGACCUGGAACAAGUGGAGUACAUCUUCCUCAUCAUCUUCACCGUGGAGACCUUCCUGAAGAUCCUGGCCUACGGUCUGUUCAUGCACCCGAGCUCCUACAUACGCAACGGAUGGAACCUUCUGGACUUUGUCAUCGUCAUUGUCGGAUUGUUCAGCGUCGUCUUGGAGACGAUGACUCAUAAGUCUGGCGAGCAGGCAACCACGCACCACAUGCCUGGAAAACCUGGAGGUCUGGACGUGAAAGCUCUGAGGGCCUUCAGGGUUCUGAGGCCACUGAGACUGGUCUCUGGUGUCCCCAGUCUUCAGAUUGUGUUGAACUCCAUCAUGAAGGCCAUGGUUCCUCUCCUCCACAUCGCUCUGCUCGUUCUCUUCGUCAUCAUCAUCUACGCCAUCAUCGGCCUGGAGCUUUUCAUCGGACGCAUGCACAGGACCUGCUACUACACAGCAACGAAUAUGUACGUGGAGGACGACCCGGUGCCGUGUGCGUUCGCGGGUCACGGCCGUCAGUGUGUGGUGAAUGGCUCAGAGUGUCGAGGAGGGUGGGACGGUCCCAACGGAGGAAUCACCAACUUUGACAACUUCUUCUUCGCCAUGUUGACGGUGUUUCAGUGCAUCACCAUGGAGGGAUGGACAGACGUCCUCUACUGGAUGAACGACGCCAUUGGCUUUGAGCUGCCGUGGGUGUAUUUCGUCAGUCUGGUGAUCUUCGGCUCGUUCUUCGUGCUGAACCUGGUUCUGGGAGUUCUCAGCGGGGAGUUCAGUAAGGAGAGGGAGAAGGCCAAGGCUCGCGGAGAUUUCCAGAAGCUUCGUGAGAAGCAGCAGAUGGAGGAGGACCUGUGUGGCUACAUGGACUGGAUCACUCAGGCUGAAGACAUGGACGAACUGGACGAGGAUGGACACUCACAUCCAUCUCUUCGAGACCUUUCAGACAAGAAGAGAGGGAAGUUUGGAUGGUUCAGUCACUCCAAUGAUACACACGCAAGUCUUCCUGCCAGUGAAACAGCGUCUGAAAACACUGUAAACAUUGAUGAAGAACACACUAACUGCUGCCAGGCCUGCUGUGUCCAGAUGAUGAAGAUCAGAUGCUGUCGUAAGUUGCGGCGCUGGAACCGUGUCUUUCGCAGAAACUGUCGCACAGCUGUGAAGUCGGUGACCUUUUAUUGGGUCGUUCUGCUGCUCGUGUUCCUCAACACGUCGCUCAGCGCCUCCGAACACUACGACCAGCCCGACUGGCUGACACAAGUCCAGGACAUCGCCAACAAGGUGCUCCUGUCUCUGUUCACCGUGGAGAUGCUGCUGAAGAUGUACAGCCUCGGCCUGGCUCACUACUUUGUGGCGUUCUUCAACCGCUUCGACUGUUUCGUGGUGUGCGGUGGAAUCGUGGAGACCAUCCUGGUGGAGUUGGACAUCAUGCCGCCGCUGGGAAUCUCCGUGCUGCGCUGCGUCCGCCUGCUGCGGAUUUUCAAGGUCACGCGACACUGGACGGCUCUGUCCAACCUGGUGGCGUCGCUGCUGAACUCCAUGAAGUCCAUCGCGUCGCUGUUGCUCCUCCUCUUCCUGUUCCUCAUCAUCUUCGCGCUGCUCGGGAUGCAGUUGUUCGGAGGGAAGUUCAACUUUGACGAGACGCAAACCAAACGCAGCACCUUCGACUCAUUCCCGCAGGCGCUGCUCACCUGCUUCCAGAUCCUGACAGGCGAGGACUGGAAUGUGGUCAUGUAUGACGGCAUCAUGGCGUACGGCGGCCCCGUGUUUCCCGGGAUGAUCGUGUGCGUUUACUUCGUCAUCCUCUUCAUCUGUGGAAACUACAUCCUGCUGAACGUCUUCUUGGCCAUCGCUGUGGACAACCUCGCCGGAGGAGACGGAGACGACAAGAAGAAGGAGAAGAAGGAGGGAGCAGAGGAAGAGGAGGGGGUUGAGGAGGAGGAGGCUGAAGAGGGAGAAGUGAAGGUUUGUCUUCAUGUCAACAUUGAUGAAGACACUGAGUAUGAGGAGGAGGAGGAGCCAGAGGAGGAGGAGGAGGGGCUUCAUGAAGGAGAUGAUGAUGGUGGCGUCCAGUUAAAGAUGGCCGACCUCACUCCUCCUAAAGAAAAGGUGCUUCCAAUCCCAGAAGGCAGUGCGUUCUUCUGCCUGAGUAAGACAAACCCGAUCCGCGUGGGCUGUCACACUCUGAUCCACCACCACAUCUUCACCAACCUCAUCCUCGUCUUCAUCAUCCUCAGCAGCUGCUCAUUGGCCGCUGAGGAUCCAAUCAGAGCCCACUCCUUCAGGAACAACAUCCUGGGUUAUGCAGACUACGCCUUCACCUCCAUCUUCACUGUGGAGAUCCUGUUAAAGAUGACGGUUCACGGAGCGUUCCUCCACCAGGGUUCCUUCUGCAGGAACUGGUUUAACCUGCUGGAUCUCCUGGUCGUCAGCGUCUCACUCGUCUCCUUCUUCUUACACUCCAGUGCCAUCUCUGUGGUGAAGAUCCUCCGAGUCCUUAGGGUCCUGAGACCUUUGAGAGCCAUCAACAGAGCCAAAGGACUGAAGCACGUGGUGCAGUGUGUGUUUGUGGCGAUCAGGACAAUCGGAAACAUCAUGAUCGUGACGACGUUGCUUCAGUUCAUGUUUGCCUGCAUCGGUGUCCAACUUUUCAAGGGCAAAUUCUAUCGCUGCACAGAUGAAGCCAAAUACACACCUGAGCAGUGCAAGGGGACGUUUGUCGUGUAUAAGGACGGUGAUGUCACUCACCCAAUGGUCAGAGAGCGUCUGUGGCACAACAGUGACUUUAACUUUGAUAACGUGUUGAUGGGGAUGAUGGCGCUGUUCACUGUCUCCACCUUUGAGGGCUGGCCUGCGCUUCUGUACAAGGCCAUUGACGCUAACGGCGAGAACUCUGGUCCCAUCUAUAACUACCGUGUGGAAAUCUCCAUUUUCUUCAUCGUCUACAUCAUCAUCAUCGCCUUUUUCAUGAUGAACAUCUUUGUCGGCUUCGUCAUCAUCACCUUCAGAGAGCAGGGAGAGCAGGAGUACAAGAACUGUGAGCUGGACAAGAACCAGCGUCAGUGUGUGGAGUACGCUCUGAAGGCUCAGCCUCUCAAACUCUAUAUUCCCAAAAACCCGGUCCAGUAUAAGUUCUGGUCCAUCAUCAACUCCACAGGGUUUGAAUACGUCAUGUUUGUUCUGAUUCUGCUCAACACCGUCACCCUGGCUGUUCAGCACUAUGAACAGUCAAAGACGUUCAGCUCCAUCAUGGACAUCCUGAACAUGGUCUUCACCGGACUCUUCACUGUGGAGAUGCUGCUGAAGCUGCUGGCUCUGAGACUGAGGCAUUACUUUGUCGAUGCGUGGAACUCGUUCGACGCUCUCAUCGUGGUCGGCAGCGUCGUGGACAUCGUUGUCACUGAGUUCAGUAGUGGAGAAGACAGCUCCAGAGUCUCCAUCACCUUCUUCAGACUCUUUCGAGUGAUGCGAUUGGUGAAGCUGCUGAGUAAAGGGGAGGGGAUUCGCACGCUGCUCUGGACUUUCAUUAAAUCACUGCAGGCACUGCCUUACGUCGCUCUGCUCAUCGCCAUGAUUUUCUUCAUCUACGCUGUCAUCGGCAUGCAGACCUUUGGAAAGAUAGCGAUGCAGGAUCACACUCAGAUCAACAGAAACAACAACUUUCAGACGUUUCCUCAGGCAGUUCUUCUUCUCUUCAGGUGUGCCACAGGUGAGGCGUGGCAGGAGAUCAUGUUGGCCAGUCUUCCAGGGAAACGGUGUGAUCCAGAGUCAGACUAUGAACCAGGAGAAGAAUUCAGCUGCGGCAGCAACUUCGCCAUCGUUUACUUCAUCAGCUUCUUCAUGCUCUGUGCUUUUCUGAUCAUUAACCUGUUUGUCGCCGUCAUCAUGGACAACUUUGACUAUCUGACACGUGAUUGGUCCAUUCUGGGUCCACAUCAUCUGGACGAGUUCAAGAGGAUCUGGUCUGAGUAUGAUCCAGAGGCCAAAGGGCGGAUCAAACACCUGGACGUGGUGGCGCUGUUGCGGAGGAUCCAGCCUCCUCUGGGUUUUGGGAAGCUCUGCCCUCACAGAGUGGCCUGUAAGCGUCUGGUCGCCAUGAACAUGCCUCUGAACUCUGACGGUAUGGUGACCUUCAACGCCACGCUCUUUGCUCUGGUUCGAACCGCGCUCAAGAUCAAGACUGAAGGUAACCCUGAGCAGGAGAACGAAGAGCUGAGGGUGAUCAUCAAGAAGAUCUGGAAACGAAUGAAACCAAAACUGCUAGACGAAGUCAUUCCACCACACGAAGCAGAGGAGGAAGUGACUGUUGGGAAGUUUUACGCAACGUUCCUGAUCCAGGAUUAUUUCAGGAAGUUCAGGAAGAGGAAGGAGCGAGGAGCUUUGACCGGAGAGACGGAUGUCACCAACUCGUCUGCUGUCCAGUUGUGUAAGGCAGGUCUGAAGACUCUGCAGGAUCUGGGUCCAGAGAUGCGUCUGGCUAUGAACGAGGACCUGGAGGAGGAGGAGGAGGAGGAGGAGGGGGAGGAGGAGGGGGAGGACGCCAUGAUGGAGGAGGAGCCAAGGGAGGACGUCACAUAUCAGGGUCAAAAUGGGUUUGGACCAGAAAAAGAGCGACAAGGCUCUGCACUGACUACGCCUACAGGUUCUGCUGUGGGCGAUGUGGGCGUAUAUAAUGGAGGUCUGAUCCACCGGGUAGGCUCUCUCACUAAGAUGCCAAAUGGCAGCGAACAUGACGAACAUCUUCAUCGUGGAGACAACAUAAGGUCCUCUGUCAAUCAUCAUCAUCAAAAACGUCCCUCACUGAAGAACGGCCUGCUGGACCAUGCCCACAAGAAGCCGUCAUACUACAAACAUGGAAGGAGGAACUCAAGGGAGAGAAUCUGGAGAAAUGAACAGAGAAACUACAACAGAGAAGACGACAGUGACAGCAUCGCCUCCACAGACAGACGUCCCUCUGAUGUCCCUCAGCUCUACAGAGAUCACUAUGAAGGUUACGACCACAGCUGUAGCUAUGGUAACGGUGAUAGUGAGGGCAGGAGAACCACACGUAGACGCCUUCUUCCUGCCACGCCCACAGGUCGGAAACCGUCGUUUAACAUCCAGUGUUUGAGGAGACAAGAGAGCAGCGAUGACCUGCCCAUACCUGGAACGUACCAUCCUACCACACAGAAGUUCAGCAGUUACGACUCCCACCUCUCUGCUCGCUCCUCGGCGGGGUCUGCGUCCUCCUCGGCAUCCUGGGCAAACCCCUGUCCUCGCCGCGGUCGCCUCCUCUACGCUCCUCUCAUCCUGGUGGAAGAUAAAGGCAGCCCGCCCUGGGGGGGCGGAGCCGCCAGUGGGGAGAGGAAGAAGGGAGGAGCAGGAAGAGCAGGAGUCAGUGUGACGGGAGCAGAGCCCAGGCCGGCGUGGUAUGGUGGUCCAGCAGGGACGUCAGCGCCGCCGCCACCGCCGUACAGAGCAUUUACCACACUGCGAGUUCCGUCUCAGCUCGGAGCGCAGUUCUCCGAGAAACGAGGAUCAGCUGACAGCCUGGUGGAGGCGGUUCUCAUCUCCGAAGGUCUCGGUCUUUACGCCCGGGAUCCGAAGUUUGUCGCGUUUGCAAAGCGGGAAAUCGCAGAUGCGUGUCACAUGACCGUGGACGAGAUGGAGUCGGCUGCCAGCGACCUGCUCGGCUCCACCAGCCGCGGUUUCCUUAGCAACGCCGCCGCUGACCCUGUCUCUCUCUACAGCGACGACGAGCCAAUUAGGACGAGUCGCGAUGAGGACGAGCUUGCAGACGAGAUGAGCUGUGUGACAUCAUUCUGACUCUGGACCAAUCAGUGAAGUGAGAGGCUGAGGAAGGCGGGGCCAAUGUUUGAACCCAUCUAUUUUGAUUGAUGGGACAUUUGACUAAUCAGAAGGGAAGACAUAAGUGGGCGGAGUUAAAUGUGAUGGGAGGAGGAAAGGAAAUAAGGAUGUAUAAGAAGGAAGAGAAAGAUGGGUGGAUAUAUGGAGGCGGGGUCAAUGUCCGGAGGUUCGAUUCCUGCGUCUGUUUGCAAAAUGUCGUCUCAAUAAAGUUAGAAUUAUUGAAGGAAGGAAAUGAGUUUAGUGUCGUCAUGGUGACAGAGCGUGACAUCACUAAGAAUCCCUGAACAGGCCUGUGAGGUCAGAGGUCAGGGGGCGGGGCUGUAGUUUUUCUAGAUUUUUUUUAAUUGUGUCUUUAUUGAUUAUGAAUUAAUAAUAAAUGAUUGCUUGACUUUGUAAAAUCUUAUAAUGAAAACUUUCAUAUUUACUUUAUAAACAUGUUUGUGAAAUGAAAUAAACAUUUGAAAGUUUAUUGACUGUUAAUAUUGAUGAUCAGUUUUCGGUCUGAUCAGUGUUAUUGAUCACAAAUAUUUUUUUUUCUACUUUGUUCAAUGUUUUAGUUUUUCAACAUUUUUGAUUGUUCGUCUGCUCAUGUUUUUCUUUUUUCCUGAAAUCAAAUAAAAAAACUAUGACUUCAUGUUACUGUGUUUGAUCUGUGAUGUCACUAAUCACAGUAAUUGAUCAGCACUGUCAUCAUCAAUACAUGUUGUCACGUGAUCAUUAAAGUCACAUGACUUGUAACAACA